AUGGCGAAAAACAGAGAAGUUUUUGGAGAAAUGAUCAUACAUCAAACAACAUUGAUCGUUGCAAGGCAUGAUGAUACGAAGGCUCUUGUUUCACAAAGGGACAAGACUGAAUCAGAACAGUUAACUAUAUUCUAUGCUGGAGUUGUGCACGUUUAUGACAAUAUUUCCGUUCAAAAGUCAAUUAUGAUUCUGGCUCGUGAAAACUGUAAUGCAAAGGAAAUUAAACCAACUCAGAAAUCCCAAGUUCCACAUCAUGUCUACAAGUUUCAAGCAGACUUGCCAAUUGCAAGAAGGAAAUCCCUCAAGAGAUUCUUUGAGAAACGUCAUGUCAGGCCAAUAACAUAUCCAUGGAAAGCCCUUUGA